GUAAGUUUAAGUCCCACCCUCCCCUUUCCCCAUUUGGCACUUUCCUUCUCUUCCAUUACCGUUUCCCUAUUCGACUUCAAGUCUUUCAACCAUUUCCUCACCUCUCCCCCCCUUCUCCGGGUUUUCUUUCUUCUUCUGCGGUCAAGCCUUUUCAUUAUUUCUCCUGCUUCCCCCCUCUCAGUCUCCCAAAGGAAGGAACUCAGUGCCAGUGAGCGAGAGAGUUCUGUAUAUCUCGCCCCUGUACUUUUCCCAAAGGCAGAGUUCCUAUUCACCCCAGGAGGCCUAGAUUUCUAUUCACCAAGGAAGAGACACAAUGUCGGCUGUUAUAGACGAAGACCCUCGUGUCAAUGGCAUCAAAACUAAGAUUCGCGUCGUCCCCGAUUUUCCCAAACCAGGUAUUAUGUUUCAGGACAUAACAACUCUGCUUCUGGAUCCAAAAGCGUUCAAGGAUACUGUUGAUUUGUUCGUCGAGCGUUACAAGGGCAGAAACAUUUCCGUCGUUGCAGGAAUAGAAGCUCGAGGGUUUAUUUUCGGACCUCCCAUUGCAUUGGCCAUCGGUGCAAAGUUUGUUCCUUUAAGGAAGCCGAAAAAGCUCCCUGGUGAAGUUAUAUCAGAGGAGUACACGCUAGAAUAUGGAAGCGACUGCCUUGAGAUGCACGUUGGAGCUGUCGAUAAGGGCGAAUGUGCACUGGUAGUUGAUGAUUUGAUUGCUACUGGUGGCACUCUUUGCGCUGCCAUGAAUUUACUCGAACGAGCAGGAGCAGAAGUUGUGGAGUGUGCAUGUCUUAUCGAGCUGCCUGAGUUGAAGGCGAGUCAUCUGCUGCCAUACCAUGGAUACCCUUUGCUUGGGCGGGAUCGAUUACAUGGUAAACCGCUGUACGUGCUUGUGGAGUAUCUCUAGAGGGUUUGGUUGCGGAUUUUGGCUGAAGUGAUGCAGCAGAGAGUGGUAUGGAAGAAAGAAAGAAAGGAAGUGUACAUUCUUGAGGGAUAUAUUGUUGGUGAGAUGAGUAAUCUGGGAAUUGUUCACUACUUGAUUAGUUGAAUUUUGGGCUUAAAUUAUUGUGGCUAUUUCUGUUAAAUGUUAAUGCUUCCAAGCUAGUGAGCUAGUAGAACAGCAGACAUUAUUGAUAUGAAGUGAGUGAGCUUAUGAUUGAAAAUGUGGUCACUUAAGUAUGCACGCAAGAGGAAUUUUCUCACUCUGUUGUCGAAGUUUCAU